AGUGCCAUUAAAUACAAAAGGUAAAUAGAUCGACACAUCCAGCUUUCCUGGUUAUUUCCUGCAAUCAUGCUCAUUCCAUCCAAAGCACUCCAGAUUUCUUCUCAAUCGCUGCAGAUCUGUUGCGGCAGUAAUGGUGAGUUUUUUGGGUAUGAAAAUUUUAGGAACCUGAUUGUCAAAAGCCAGAAAUCAAUUGUCAACCAAACAGGGAUUGGGUCUUCUGACAUUGGGUUGCUGGAGUGCAGUUCCUCACGUACAGCGGAUGGACGGGUCAAUCAUAGGCAGAUGUCGUUUUGGUUGUAAAACCUUGUCAAUAUUGAUUUGUAAGGACACCAGGCAUUCAGAUAUAUGCAGUCAAAUUUGUUCCAGGUUUAAAGAAUUGCAGGUUGAUGAAAUCGAGUUGACAUAUGCAGUUAAAGAACACUCAUCUUGUCUUCUGGAGACUGACAUGGAUGUUCGUGUGUUGCAUCUUUCGUUAUGUAACGAAAAUAUAAAUGCGGUGGAUAUAAAUGUCAUACAUAGGGGAAGUAAAGUAUCUGGCAAUGGUGAACAAGACAAGAUGGAUUCAUCCGAUAGUGAAGGUAAUAUGUCAAUUGAUGAAAAUGAGUAUUUGGGAAAGUAUGCCGCAAAGGAAGGUAGACUUUAUUUGUCCCAUGAGUGGAAAACAUAUAUUAGGGAGGUAGGGCAGAAGUAUGAAGGUGGGGUUACCGAGUUUAGGAUCAAAUUGUGCAAAUAUGCUUUUGAGAAGGGGUUUAGGUUCAUUUAUGUUAAAAAUGAUUUGAAGCGUGUGACAGCGGAGUGUUUGAAUAAGCAAAGUGAAAAUUGUCCUUGGCGCGUUCAUGCCACUGUAAAUCCGAUGAAUGGCUUCUUCUACAUUAAAUAUUUGAUGAAUGAGCAUACUUGCAAGGGCAGGAUUCGCACUCGUCAAAGACGUUUUAUGGGCUCGAAAAUUGUUUCCUCAGUUGUAGCUGAACAAAUUCGAACAAAACCUUAACUUAAACCAGUGGACAUCGUCACAGAUUUCAAGCAAAAUUAUGGCUUGAACAUCUCAUAUUAUAAUGCCUGGUAUGGUAAAGAAUUGGCCAAAAAACAAGUCCACGGUGAUGAAGCUUUCUCCUACAGACUUUGUCACAAUCUGCGUGUAAAAAAUCUGUCUAUUCAAUUUCUCAACUUGCCAUGAAAGCUGGGAUGUCUCAGACGUGCUAAAUUGUGACCAUCGAACCUUCUGAGUAUCUGUAAUAUUCAAACCUAAUCUGAAACCCCAACAAUUCUGCAUUGAAGAAGCAAAGGAAUCAAUAGAGAUUGGGUUCAAAGGAGAAUAACUGUUUGUAGCAACGUGAAAUCUGGGAUAUGUUUAAGAUAAUUUCCUUUUCUAUCUCAAUGACAACUGUGGUAAAUGGAUUCAGAUUAUGACGUGAAUUAUUAUUUCCAAUUCAAGGGAUAAGGGG